AUGUCUGAAUCAGAACAAAUUGUCCCAGCAACACACCUACAGGAUUCAGAAGGCUUCCACACACCUAGCGCUCGUGUCUAUACUUCCUACGACCCUACGAAUCCUCCAUCCCAUCCGGGGGAAAAUUGGACUCGCUUUGUAUGCAUCAGCGAUACCCAUUCUCGUACUUUCAGUGUUCCCUCUGGGGAUGUCCUCCUUCACUCUGGUGACCUCAGUCGGUUAGGACGGGAAGAUGAGAUUCGUGUUACGAUAGAGUGGUUGCAUACUUUGGACCAUGGCGUUAAAAUUAUUAUAGCAGGAAACCAUGACCUACCUCUUCACGAGGAGUGGUACGAGGACAGUUAUCACGGCUUCCACGACAAGAAGGAGUCACCAACCACCAUCAGAAGUCUCGUCGACAGUGAUGCAAAUCGUGAUCGAGGCCUAAUAUAUUUGCAGGACGAACGAUACGCUUUCAGCACUAAGGAAGGUGGAAGGGAGUGGUCUGUGUAUGGCUCUCCGGCAAAUCGCGCUUCCGCAAUACCUGAGGUCGACAUCCUUCUCACUCAUGGCCCUCCGCAUAACAUUCUAGAUAAAACCUUUACCAAUGUCAAUGCUGGGUGCCCUGCCCUGCUCGCACACCUUUCCGAGAUGCGGGGGCCUCCGCUUCUCCACGUCUUCGGUCAUAUACACGAAGCACGUGGCGCUAUGCGGUAUCCCUGGACGCAGGUGGAAGAAGACCAAGAUUCUUCGAAUGCCGAAUCCACACCCCCUCUGGGAACGAGAGACACCAUAAUGGUGAAUGCAGCUAACCAGCCUCUCGGGCGUCAGGCCAUUAAACCUGGACCAGGUGGUCAGAGGAUUCCAUGUGGUGGUCCAGGCUUUCAACCCAUCAUUGUUGACCUAUUGGACUCAGCUAUGCGACCAGAAAUGUAAACGACUACGACAUCCCCCCUGUAAUACGACGACCUGCAUGAUAAGAGAGUUCUAUCACUUAUAGACGACCUACGCUACACACCAGCUUGAUUACCAAGGUGUUUUGAUAACAUUGAUCAUACUGUCAGUCGCCAUGACAAGUACCAGUUCGAGACCCAUAGUUGGAGAGUUGUGAUCCAAAGGAUGA